GGGCUGCGAGUCCACGGGUGAGGAUAGUGUCCCCUGUUUUGGCCGCUCGUCCAGGGCUGGGGCUGAGGCCGGCGUGCCUGUCGUGGGGUCGGGACCCAGAGCGGGCCCGCUGCGUCCUAGGGGCACGUGGUCCCGCAGUAAAGACCUACCUAGCGAAGUCAGAGGCGGGGCGGCCGCCUCCCGGGGUCCCGCGAGCCCGGGGUUCUCGGAGGAGCCGGGUCGAGGCCGGGCCGCGGAAUGGGGCGGACCUGAGGAGAGAUAAUGUUAGGGGUUUGAAUCUGAAGUUACCAUACUUGAUUCAUCCAGCUUUGGCCUAGAUGGGAUGGUGGAGGUCUGCUUCUUCUAAGUGUAAGGCUUCUUGCUCAUACCCAAGGCACCAUGAAUGCCAUCGUUGCCCUCUGUCACUUUUGUGAACUCCACGGCCCCCGUACGCUCUUCUGCACGGAAGUUCUGCAUGCCCCCCUGCCCCAGGGUGCUGGGAAUGGAGACAGUCCUGGCCAGGGAGAACAAGCUGAGGAAGAGGAAGGCGGCAUCCAGAUGAGCAGCCGUGUUCGUGCCCAUAGUCCAGCUGAGGGUGCCAGUGCCGAGUCCAGCAGCCCAGGGCCCAAGAAAUCGGACAUGUGUGAGGGCUGCCGGUCACUUGCUGCAGGACACCCAGGCUAUAUCAGCCAUGAUAAAGAAACGUCAAUCAAGUAUGUCAGUCACCAGCACCCCAACCACCCCCAGCUCUUCAGCAUUGUCCGCCAGGCCUGUGUUAGGAGCCUAAGCUGCGAGGUGUGCCCUGGCCGGGAAGGCCCCAUCUUCUUUGGGGAUGAGCAGCAUGGUUUUGUGUUCAGUCAUACCUUCUUCAUCAAAGACAGCCUGGCCAGGGGCUUCCAGCGCUGGUACAGCAUCAUCACCAUCAUGAUGGACCGGAUAUACCUCAUCAACUCUUGGCCCUUCCUGCUGGGGAAGAUCCGAGGGAUCAUUGAUGAGCUCCAGGGCAAGGCCCUCAAGGUGUUUGAGGCAGAGCAGUUUGGGUGCCCACAACGUGCCCAGAGAAUGAACACAGCCUUUACGCCAUUCUUGCACCAGAGGAACGGCAAUGCUGCCCGCUCGCUGACCUCCUUGACCAGUGAUGACAACCUGUGGGCGUGUUUGCACACCUCCUUUGCCUGGCUUCUGAAAGCAUGUGGCAGCCGACUGACUGAGAAGCUCCUGGAGGGCGCGCCGACCGAGGACACCUUGGUCCAGAUGGAGAAGCUUGCUGACUUAGAGGAGGAAUCAGAAAGCUGGGACAACUCAGAGGCAGAAGAGGAGGAGAAAGCCCCUGUGAUUCCUGAGGGUGCUGGAGGACGGGAACUGACCAAAUGUCCUACAGAUUCGUCCUUGCUCUCAGACUGUGGCACCUGGCAGCCCCGAAAGCUCUCAGUCUUCAAGUCUCUUCGACACAUGAGACAGGUCCUGGGUGCCCCGUCUUUUCGCAUGUUAGCCUGGCACGUCCUCAUGGGAAACCAGGUGAUUUGGAAAAGCAGAGAUGUGGACCUUGUGCAGUCAGCAUUCGACGUUCUCCGGACCAUGCUGCCUGUGGGCUGUGUCCGCAUCAUCCCAUACAGCAGCCAGUACGAGGAGGCCUAUCGGUGCAACUUCCUUGGGCUCAGCCUGCACGUGCCCAUCCCUGCCCAUGUGCUGGCCUCAGAGUUUGUGGUGAUUGUGGAAGUCCACACAGCCACGCGCUCCACCCUCCACCCAGCUGGAUAUGAGGAUGACCAGUCUCUCAGCAAGUACGACUUUGUGGUGACCAGUGGGAGCCCCGUGGCUGCAGACCGAGUUGGCCCUACCAUCCUGAAUAAGAUUGAAGCUGCUCUGACCAACCAGAACCUGUCCGUGGACGUGGUGGACCAGUGCCUCGUCUGCCUCAAGGAGGAGUGGAUGAACAAAGUGAAGGUCCUCUUUAAAUUCACCAAGGUGGACAGUCGCCCCAAAGAGGACACGCAGAAGCUCCUGAGUGUCCUGGGUGCAUCAGAGGAGGACAAUGUCAAACUGUUGAAGUUCUGGAUGACAGGUCUGAGCAAGACCUACAAGUCACAUCUCAUGUCCACAGUCCGCAGCCCCACGGCCUCAGAGUCUCGUAACUGAGCUGAGGGCCUGGUGUCUGUGUGUGGAAAUGCACUGUCUUCCAGCUGCAGAGGGGAGGGCAGCCAGGGUUUCCCAGCUGAAGAAGUGCAAGUUGCUGGGUUGGCCUUUGCUCUGCUUGUGGGGCUGGCAGGCAGGGCGGGGGGCAGACAGUGGGUCUCUGCAUUGUGUUGAGCAGUCUGGUGCAGGAGGCUGUCUGGAGGAGGUGCCUGUGCUUCUGCAGAGGUGAGAACUGACCCGAGGAGCCAGGCAGGCCAGGCCUGACGUGGGUGUGACCUGCAGGAACUGCCUUUUCUUGGUGUUAACAUCACAGCACUCCCUGCUUUGAAACUCAGCAAGUUUCCUGGGUUUGUGUUUUGUUACACUUGUGAAUGUCCAAGACAUGCACCCAUCCGCUCUUUUGG